AUGGAGGAAAGACAGCACGGGCAGCCCCUCACAUGGACCCUCUCCCGGCACAGCACGCAAGCUUCCGACCCGCCAUUCUCCAUCCGACAACAAAACAUCAUCCAAAGCACCUCAGCGGCAGCCGACCCCAUCAUCCCUUCCACUGCCACCUGCGCCGCAGAUGAAGGGGCAUCAUAUCAAGACGACUAUACAUCGAGAGAGAGUAGCCAGGAUCGUGAGAGUCUGCCUGACAAGGAGCUACCACCAGGCUGCUCCUGGGGUCCGGAAAUAACACCGGAGCUCCUUGACGAAUAUGGCCUCCCACCCCACCCCUCAUCGACUCCCUCCUCUCCCCAACGCAUCAUAUACGUAUCCUUUCCACCAUCCUCCACCAAGAACCCGUUCUUCUUCAAGUCAUGGCGUAAGAAGGCAAUCGUUGGCGUAGCGACGGGGUUCACGCUUUUGACGAGUAUCAAUGUUUCGGCGUAUUCAAUAGGGGAGGGAAGUAUGUGCGAAGAUCUGGGGUGUUCGCAGCAGACCGCGGCAGUGGGUCUGGGUAUCUAUUGUUUUGGCUUUGCAGUAACGCCCAUGAUUCUCGCUCCUCUCUCUGAAGAAUUCGGCAGACGCUGGACAUAUGUCAUUUCCGUCAUCAUCUUUCUAUUAUUCCACAUUAUGCUCGCUGCGGCCAAGAAUAUGGGUACAGUGCUCGUCGCGCGGAUCAUCCAAGGCUGCGCUGGGAGUGUCGGGUCAACGCUCGUAGGAGGGACAAUCGCAGAUAUCUACAUGCCUGCAGAUCGCGGCCUGCCGAGUUCCAUCUUUGCCCUGGCAGGUACAGGCGGUAGCGGUCUCGGGCCAGUCAUCUUUGCCUGGGUGGAGAGUAAUCCGAAUUUGAGAUGGAGAUGGAUAUGGUGGAUACAGUGCAUGUUGAUAGCAGCCCUCCUUCCAUUCAUUUUCAUGAUCCUGCCUGAAACCCGUGAAUCCGUCAUUCUCCGCCGUCGCGCGCACCAUCUUCGCAAAGAAGCAGAAACGUCUGAGAAGGAUAUUGGAGGGAGGUAUACGGCGAGAAGUGAGAUUGGGAGAGUGAAUUUCUGGGCGGCUAUGCGGGUCAGUGCUACGAGACCUAUUAUGUUUUUGUUGUUCGAGCCUGUUGUGGCUUUCUUUGCUCUUUGGGUAUCCAUCGCUUGGGGUGUCUUGUACUCCCAAAUCGGCGGAAUAACAUACAUCUUCACAACCAUCCACGGCUUCACCACGAACGAGGUCGGCCUAGUCUAUCUCACCAUCCUGAUCGGUGCUUUCCUCGGCUUUGGCUUCAACUUUCUGCAAGACGCCAUCUACCGCCGACGCGUGUCCAAAGUCGGUAUGGAAGGCCGACUCUACGGGCCCAUGCUCGCUGGUCUUACGUUCGCCGGUGGGUGUAUAUUCUUUGCGUUUACGGCAGUGAAGGAGGUUCAUUGGUUGGUGCCCUGUUUCGCGAUCGUCAUUGUCAUCGCGAGUAUCUUGACGCUCUACAUCUGCUGUUUCGUCUACCUGUCCGAAUGUUACGGCUCCUACGCAUCGUCCGCCAUCGCCGCCCAAUCUUUCCUCCGAAACAUGUUUGGCGGCGCCUUCGCCAUCUUCAUCCACAAGCAAUACGUCGCCAUGACCCCUCGCUGGACGCUCUUCACGUGGGGAAUGGUGGGACUGGUGUUGUCGGCGGUGCCGUUUGUGGCGUUUUGGAAGGGGGAGGUGAUUAGGAGUCAUUCGAAGUAUUCGAAGUUGUUGAUGAAGGAGGAGAGGGAGAGGAUUGAGAGGGAGAAAGAGUAUUCGGAUGGGUCUGCAUGA